AUGAGCAAAAUACGCCGGGCUUCGUCUGUAGCAAGUCGCGGUGCUGACGGUGAUGAUAGUGAUGACGGCAUAGAGUUAAGCAACCCUGGACCUCCACCUUCACGUAAGAAAAAAAAGCCGAAUGAUCGCUACAACAGUGUGGAAGAAAUGAUUUACGAUUUCUGUCUUAUGUUCUCAAACUGCCGUCAGUUCAACAAAGAAGGUUCCAUGAUAUACGAAGACGCCAAUCUUCUAAAACGCGUCAUGAAUGAAAAACUAAAAGUUUGCUUACAAACCAAGCAGCUUUUGAGAGAUGAUGACGCAGUGCCAGAUGUUGCUGCUGCUGUACAAGAAUUGCUGCUCAACUUAUUCACCACAGUUUAUAACCAUCAGGAUGAAGAGGGCAGGUGUUACUCAGGUAGUAUGGCAGAAUUACCGCAACACGACGAAGCGACAAAUGGAGAGAAAGUUCGCGCUAUAUCCUUGGAUUUAGUUAAGCGACGUUCAGACAAAGGACUGUAUAAACGUCUAGAUCAUUUUCAACAGGAUAUGUUUGCAGUUUUCAAAAGAGCCCGCCGCCUCUCUCGCACGGACAGUCAAAUAUUCGAGGACUCGGUGGAACUACAAUCGUACUUCAUAGAGCAACAAGAUCAGCUUUGCCGUGGAGAGAAUGAAAAUGAAGAUGAGACGAGAUACAUCGACGGUCUACAUUCAGAACAAAAGUAUAUUACACCGUGGGAGAAAUCUCUUACACCAAUACCUUCUAAUCCCGAUCCCGCACAAUUAAACGCUCACAAAUUAUCCCAAUGGAUGACGGAAGAUGACGUCAAUGGAUACUUGGCCCAUGACAAAAACCUCACUGAGGCGGACAUACAGAAAAUGGAUCAGAACACAAAAAUAGUGAAGGUGAAGGCACUCUGUGUGUUGAGAGAUUAUAUGAUGAGGGAUGCGUUUGCAAUUUACAAAAAUUUGUAA